GUCGUUUGCAGGAGUCGCGGGAAUGGAUAUGAUAUACACGCUGUUCUGCGGACUGUGCAUGGUCAGUCUGUCACUUUAUGCAAAACCCUUCACCACAGUCCAGUACAAGUCUACAAAAGCCCUCCCAGCAGAGAACAGGAGCGCGAGACCUGCGAGGAAUGAAACGGUGGAGGCGCGAGGGUCCAACAGGUCUCGCGCUGCGAAGGAACCGCACGAGCUGAACACGAACGUCAAGGGAGCGAAACAGCGACCUGCAUCAGGCGAUCAGUCCAAUUCACGCAACAAACAACCCCCUAAAAACAGAGAAAAACGAAAAAAUUGCUUCGGUUUCAAGAUGGAUAGAAUCAGUGAUAUCAGUGGAAUGGGCUGUAAGAAUGACUGAGGUGCAGUGUUGUGCAGAAAUGGACUAAUUACCCAUGCAUCAUGGAUUAAUAAUGAGUUGCUGGGACAUAUACUCUAAAAAAAAGUUUCUACAAUUAUUAUUUACAUCAUCCAUUGAACCAUCGUCUUAUCAUGAACAUUUUCCGCUGUAAAGAGAUUAAGUGCUUGAUGAUGUGACAUCUUUAAACCACCAUUUGGGACUUGUGCUAUUUAUUUUUUUACAAAUUUACAAACUACAGCGGCAUGUUUGAGAUACAAGUUGGAUCUCUUAACAAAAUUGUACUUUUAUAUUGUACCUAUAAAAAUUGUCACAUCACUGUGGAAGAAAUAUGCAAUAAAUGAUCAAAAAUU